UUCCCCCUCCUAGGGAACCCUAUAACCUUUUCAGGAGGUGGUCAGUCUCCUCUUCCGUCCUAUAAGGCUCCUGCCUCUCCUUAACAAGAAGUCUAGCCUUUGUCCUGGGACAGGUGCCCGGUACCUUUCCGCAGUCCAGAUGGCCAUUCCCGGUUCCUGGUUGCACGCACUCUUUCAGUGUCCAGACGGGUUCCAGGACCAGCGGUGGCUGGAGCCCCUUUGAGGGAACAGGAGAGCGUCCCCAGUCGGGGUCGUGGUGCCCCUGGAUCCUCACCGGUUGUCGGGGUCUGCUGGCCAGCGUCCUGUCCCGAUUGGUGGCCCCAGCGGCAGUGCUGUCUGUCGGGGUUUCCCAGUCAGGGAACCAAAUGUUACAGCAAGCAGGACCAGGAAACAAACCAAGGGUCACACGAGAGUACUGCAAAACAGGCUUUUAUUACCCGUGGGCUCGGGGUCUAGCCUCCAAAUUCUGAGCAAAUGGGUUAAAAAUAUGCUGGUUUUUAUGUGUUGUUAUGAGGAAGUUGUUGGUUACAGAAGAAAAAAUUGUUAUAAUGCUCACAUGAGAUGAGGGUUAUAAAAGUUGCUUAGCCAUACUAUUUUGCAGUUCUGCUAUAACAAGAUGGAAGUUACAAAGUCUGUAGAAGGCCGAGGUUUAGUCAAUGUUUCUCUGUAGUUGCUUAGCCGUGCUGCCAUUAGGAGGGGAGUGCAGAAAUCUUUCCUUACAGCGUGUGAUGCAGUCCCAAAAGACGGAUAAUUUAGUGGAAGAGUCAAGAUUUUUCCACAUGAAAAGUAAACUCUUACCCCACCAAGUUAGGAUUUGGAGAAUGGAGCAGGGAAAGGCAUUGUGGUAGAAGUCCAGAAAUGAGAGACCAUCGGGAUGGGCAGGACUUAACUAGAGAAAGAAGGGUCAUGGCCUUCCCUACUGAAAGCCCCUCAGGAACCUCUGUCCCAUCCAAGAGAGUUAAACCCUAGUUCCCUGCUGGGCUUACAGCCUCUCCAGCUUCAUGCCUGCCGGGCCUGCCCCAGCCUGUCCAGAUUCCUUGCAGCCACCCUUGCCCCAUGUUUUUCACACCCGAGACUGUUCAUUCUGCCCUCUCUACCUCGUCUAGUGGACAAGCCGUCACUCAGCUUUUAGGAUUCAGCUCAAACACAGCAUCUCCUGUGGAGCGUCUCUCCCGGUAAUGAGCUGUGCCACCUCUGUCCCUGCAGCCCGGGCUGUGCCUCUGCGUCUCAUGCAGUGUCCUGCGGCGUGCUGCCUCUUCAUCACUAGGCUACACGCUCAGGACCUGGGACUGCCUGGUGGGGCAGAGGUUUCGUGUAGUAUCGGGGUUCUCGACGCCCCUGUGAUGAUGGGUCCCCUGGCAGGCUGUGCUGCAUGAGAUGAAAGAAACACAGACACAGAGACAGUAGCUAAGACAGCGGGGAGGCCAGGGGACCACCAGCACUCCGGUGCCAAUGUGGCGGCGGCUGAACCCCAGCACUUGCUUUUCAUUCUCUUUGCCAUGCUGCAAAAUACAGUGAUUGCACGUGGAAAAAUCAUGGGAUACAGUGAUCAAAGGUCUCGGGGCUCUCCCCAAAAUCACAAGGUAUCCUAGCUAAUUUCCUUCUCCUCUCUAGAAGUGAAAAACACGUAAUUCUUCAGUAGGUACAACCUGUCCCAAGGUAAACUAGCUAAUUUUAUCCCAAACUCAAGCUAUGUACAUGGAUAUCAAUCUUUAAUGUCAGAAGCUGCGACCCAUUUGAUCAAGGAACAAAGAAACUACAUGCUUCCCACUGGGAGACUAGAUUUACGUUAACUGAGGAUUGUUGACAGAAAGGGAGAGAAGGAGCAUGGCCCAGGGCACAAACACCAUGGAAGCCUUGAGACCCUUCUCCCGGGCUGACAUACUGCAAUCCACCUCUACAGCCAUGAGAAGUUUCCAUGUCAGACCACCUGUGGCUUUUCAUGCAUGAGGCCCCUCAGGCUCUGAGGUCGGAGCAUGCUUCGCUGUACUCCCAGAUCGCUGGUAUAUGUCCCCCAACUUGACAGUUAACAUCUGCACUUAUGUCAGGCUGCUUCACCUUCUCUCCUCUCACAGCCUAAGACAGAGCACCCCUAAGUCCCAGUGGUCUUAAUGCCAUCAGACUGGGGGAACAGUGGAGGGUGAGGGGAAAAGAUAAACGGGUGGUGAGCUGCAGGGAAGGGGGAGGGCAAGGCCCUUGCAGCUCCAUCUAAAGUCGUGUGCCCAGAUAAAUGCGUCCUGUGGGUAGCAUGGUGCGCUGGAGCCACAGGGCCACGGGUGUGUGGCGGGAGGCUGACCUGCCAGUGCUAGGAAGGGUGCUCAGAGACAAAACCAGGCAGGUUGUCUCAAGUGCAGGCUUGAGAUGUGAAGAGCCUUGACUGGCAUGGGGAUCAGAAGAACAAAGAAUUUGAGGAUUUUAAAGUCUGGGCAGUGAGGGGAACAUCCCAUGGUCUUGUCCAACUCUAAUGUGCCAACUAAUCACCCAAGACCCUGUGGAAGUGCAGACUCUCACCGACCAGGCCUGUGGUGGGCCUGAGAGGCAAAUUUAACACACUCCCAGGUGGCGCCCACACUGCAGGCCCACAGACCACACGGAGCGGUGCAGCUGCAGGCCCUUUCAGUGGGUCAGGAGCAGUGCCUGCCACUGGGCGGUGCCCCUCUGGGAGCAGAGUGCAGGCAUGUGGUGUCUUUGGGUGAAGAAAAGCCUUCCCCUUCCACCCAGGGAGCCUGUCCAGGCGCACGGCUUUGUGAGCAGAGCGCAGCUGGGUCUUAGCCCACACUUGCCCUUCGAGUCAUGAACAACCUGCAAAACUCUUUGGGGCGGCCCUGGUAGAACCACUAACAGAGACGAAGGUCAGAGGUGGGGAGCUCAUUUGGCGAGCAAAGUGGUGACUCUAGCCUGUCAUGGACAUCCAAGUGAAAUGUCUGCCUACUAGCAGUUGGAGACAUAGCUCGAGACCUGGACUCUGGGUCUGUAGGUUUAUCAAUGAUAUACCACACAGGGGAAAAAGCAAGAUGAGGGUGGGGUUGAAAUCAUCUGACCCUCAGACCCUUAUUUGGUAGGUACCACUCUUCUCCCAACAUCUCUGUCCCUUUUGUUGUCUUGCAGGUCACCGUUCCCGCUACUGAACAGUUUGAUGGGGCGUCGGGCGGAUGACAGCGGGAACGGUUGUGAUCACCGGUGGAAUCCUGGCUACGGUGAUCCUCCUCUGCAUCAUCGCUGUCCUGUGCUACUGUAGGCUCCAGUACUACUGCUGCAAGAAGAGCGGAUCUGAGGGUGCAGAGGAGGAGGAGGAGCAGCAGGAGCACGACCGCCCGGCGCAUCCCAGAGGCCUCAGCUGCAAUGCCUGCAGCUCCCAAGCGCUGGACAGCAGAGGCAGCCUGGCGCCUCUCACUGGCGAGCCCUGCAGCCAGCCGUGUGGGGUGGGGGGGAGCCACUGCACCACCUGCUCCCCAUAUAGCUCCCCCUUUUACAUACGGACGGCUGACAUGGUGCCCAAUGGGGGUGGAGGCGAGAGGCUCUCCUUUGCCCCUACAUACUACAAAGAGGGGGGUCCCCCAUCCCUCAAAUUGGCAGCGCCCCAGAGUUACCCGGUGACCUGGCCAGGCUCUGGGCGUGAGGCCUUCACCAAUCCAAGGGCUGUCAGUACAGACGUGUAACCACUUCCACGUCUGACCGCACACACCACACUGCUGCCCGGCGGGGAUAGGGGAGUGGCAGGCCCUCCAGCAGCCCCACAAGGGUCGCCUCUGCUUCUGUGGCUUUUCUUGCUUUGCAGUGGCGGGCUCACCAGGACUCAAGCUUUUGAGUGCACUGAGAUCCAGGACAGGCCCGGCUCCAAGCCCACGGCCCAGAGGGGACCCGAUAGGGCGAGUCUGCGGCCUGGCCAGUUUCCCGGCUGGGACGUGCCCUGGCAGGCCAGCAGCACCGCAGCCCUUGGCAGCGCCCCGGCCCCUGCCUGUCCUGCGCUGGGACAAGGAGCACCAGGGAAAGCUAAGCACAGGCUCUGGAGGCUUCCAGAGUCCUUGGGAGAUGAAGUGUCCAUGCCCAGAAGAAAGAGGGACAAAGGGGAAGAGGAGAAGUGAGAACUAAGACAUUCCAGAAUUUAACAAGAGAGGAGAAGGCAUGGAAAAGGGACUUCUUGAGGACUCACCUGCUAAAACGAACCCCAGAGCUAAUUCACAGUCUAGUUGUGUACUUGGGUUAUCGUAGACACUGCUGCACCAUAGCUCCUCCCAUAAGGACAUUGAUUCCUGAAUGUGCCACAUCUCCAUCUGGCCCCUUCCUCAUGGAAUGCCUUGAGUUGACUUUAAAGGCCAUGGCCUGAGGUUAUUUGCGGGGUUUGCACCAAGUGACUAUCUAACCUUAGCUUCCUAAAAAUCCUUUUUCUGGGCUGGGCAUGGUGGCCCAGGCCUGUAAUCCUAGCACUCUGGAAGGCCGAGGCGGGCAGACUGCUCAA